AUGGUCGAACAUGGAGCACACUUGAAGUCACAGCUAAGGGUGCUGGAGAUGUUAGCCCAACUGGGAGAUGCUGCUGUCACCAAGUCUGCGGAAGAGAGUGUAGUCUUUGCACCUGUUUUGGGAAAUUGGUUGUUUACUGCUGUGGUCAUGGACAACAUCGAUCACAACCCUUCAGCAGCUAUUGCUACUACCUCUUUCCAUAGGACGAGCAUUUCAGUUUUCCAGCACCCUGCCAAAGACAACCGUGGGUUAGAGCGUCAGCCAGUACAGUUUGGGCCAGAGAGUGUAAAAUUUGUACCUGAGCUACCUGACUCCCUUUCACAAAUAUCCCCCGGCCCCACCUGCUUCCUUCAAGUCCUAAAACCCAUCACCACCAAGUGGUGUAGGGCAAAAGCCAGUCUCAGGUCUUCUUGGACUACAAUUGGGCUCAGGCAAUUAUGCGCCAGCCAGAAUCAGAGUCCAGCUGACUGCAGCUGGGAAAAGAUUAGCAAAGACUGGAAAGUCUUCUGGACAUCCAACUCCCUCAUUGUAAAGAGAUGUGAACAAAAUAAAAAAUGUGCUGCAAGUCUUUUUACCAUGGCAGGUGCAAAUGAUACAGACUUGAGCUUACAUGCACAAGUUAGUGUAGCUGCAAAUGUGAGGAAAUUGCCUAAUUUUCAACUCACAAUUAGAAAACGAGAUGGUGAACUUUGGUUUUUCAAGCCUGAUGAUGAUGCUGAACUUGAUUUUAAGGUGCGUGAGAAGGGAACACCAAUGUUUCAGGCAAUGGAUGAGAUUUUUCGACCUUUUGAUGAAGUGAAUGGUCCAAUGGACAGGUUCGAACUGAUUCCAGCUGACAACAAUGACCCUUGCAUGAUUCCCAACUUGAAGAAGAAGUACCCUUACCAGUAUUAUUUACUAAAAUGUCCACACCAUGCAGUUACUGAUGGAUUUACGCAUGCAUUGUUUGCGAGCCAUCUACUAGAUAUCCUUCGCACUCUCAUAGAAGGUAAAGAUUACGAAGAUGACUCUUCAUUAGGUGAGUUCAUUUCCAAUGAAGAGUUUUUGCGUAUGUACGAGCAAUGUGCACAAGAACUUCUACAAGAUCCUGAGGAACUGACACGCGUGACAAAUGAGGUUUCAAGAGCAAAGAAGAAGCCACUCCUUUUCGAAGCUUUUCCACCUCCGACGGGAGAAACACCUAAUACCCGACAUAUCAUAACAGAAUUGGAUGAAACUUCUGUCAAGAAAAUUAUUGGGAGGUGCAAGGAAAGAGGAAUAACUUUUGGAAAUGUCAGGGAUAAAUUCUGGAACGAUUGCACUAAAAUUCAAUUGCUGAACCAAGAGCUCCUCAAAGAUAAGUCCAUAAUCAAGCAAGAAGUUGUUCGUCAAUUACAUUUGCCUUACACAACACCUGAGGAUUUCUACAAGUCUAAGGCCGAAAUGACACUUGAUAUUCAGUGCAAUAACGUAGGGGAUUUGGGAGACCUUGGCAACAAUGAAGAAGUAAUUUUUACAAAUGCGUCUGGUUACUACCAAAUACACCUUUCCAAGUAUCCAUUUUAUCAUCAAAUGUUCACUUUUAGGGGAAAAGUGGUAAGCACUCUCAGUUAUGCCACAGAUUCAGUAACAGACCAGACGGCGUUAGCUCUUGUUGAGAAAAUUAAAUGUCUGUUCAAAGUCUACAGUGAAUAA